AUGACGGAGACUGAAGGACCAAAGUCAAAAGAAACUUUGUCAGUCGCAAUAAGUUAUCUGCUAGAUCAUCUGGGAUAUAGUGAUCAAAGAAUUAAAGAGAGAUGUUACUUCGCCGCCAAAUCCUCUUUUGCUAAAUGUGAAUCAACUAAACGGAUCUUAAAGAACACUGAAAUUGAGAAAAUAUUCAUUGGAAGCCAAAGUGAUGGGACUGGAUUGACACGCUUGAGUGACAUUGACAUGCUACAAGUCAACCAUGCGGUUAUCUGUGUUGAGAAUGCAAAUGAUGUACCAGAUAAGAGACUUGUAGCAUUCAAACUUGAUUAUAAAAGUACACCAACUGGAUACUCACAAUUGUUAUUGAUAAACAAAGGGACGGAUGAAAGAUUUGCUGAAAUAAAGUAUGCGCUAGUGUACAGAAAUGGGAAGCAGUACUUAUCAAGUGAUAGAUUCAUGACUAGAAAUGACGACGUUUUUCUGAAGUCUAAAGGUUUUAUUGGAAGAAAUACAUGCUACUAUCCAAGAAAAGGGCCUUCAAUUCCAAAAUAUGUGAAGGAGACUUAUUUGGAACAGUUUGCCAAUUACUGUACAGGAUUUGAUUUGCCAAAACAGUCGAUGGACUUCAUCAGAGCUUUUCCUUGUAAAAGUAAGUCUCUGCUAAAAUCAUGGAGUCAAUCAAAUAAGACAAGUAAGUGGCCUUCCCAGAAAAUGAAGGACGUGAUAAUGACCUUACCCAUGCAUGUAGUUCCAGUUGGCCACAAAACCAGCAGGAAUAGAGGUAACGAAUGGCGAGUAAGUUUCACAAUGGCAGAACAAUAUCUGGUGCAGUCAUUCAAUAACUCGCAGGUAAAGCUGCUAGUUCUACUAAAACUCAUCGCUAAACAUUUGUUACACCCAAUUUCACCGGAUAUUACAUCAUACAUAAUGAAACAUGUCACAUUUUGGAUCCUUGCAAAGCAUGCAGAGGCUGAAUUCAAAUUGGAACAUUUAUAUCAGCAAACAGAAAUUUCCCUGUUGUUUCUAAAAUCGUCUAUUGAAAGUGGAAAGCUUCUCCAUUUUAUUGCAACUAAAAGGAACUUAUUUGAACAGAAAAUAUCAAAGGCACAUAAAACUAAACUUUUGGAAAAGGUCACAUUUCUUCUGGAUAAUGGACAAAGCAUUGUCAGUCAGUUUCUGUGGGAUACAAAUGAACUCGGGAAAUUCCUUGUUGUUCGUGAAGAGAUUAAGAAAAUGGCAAUAGCUAGUGCAGUAGAUAAUACUGAAAACUUUAAGACUACACUGUUUUCAUACAAAAGUUUUUCAGAUUAUAUGGAAAACUAA